UUGCAUGUUUCGUAGAUUUUCGUGGAUUUUUUGACGGUUUUCAUUUCGUUUCGCGUUUUUUUCGUUUCGUAACAUUCCAUUUUUACUCACUAAAUCGGUAAUAUCAGAAAAUUUGUAGUAUCAAAUAGGAUUUAGGGAUUUGCAUGGAUUUCAAGGGAUAUGGCGAUUUGAAUUUGAUUUUUCCGAUCCAUAAUUAGACUAUCUCGAAAAAGUAUCAACACCGGAAUUAAAUUGGCCGUUUUUGUAACUAAAUUGGGCAUUGGAGGUGAAUUAGUUAAUAACAGCUUCGAAGCACGUACCAAAAUUUGUACUCGUACUCUCGUACUCGUAUCUGGUACGAAGUACGAGUACGAGCAAAAAAAUGGGGUCGGAAUUUUGUACCGUACCAUACUCCCUACUAUUAAAACACCCUUAUAUGCUAAAUUAAUUUUUUAUUUUUUUAUUUAUUAAAUUAUUUUUUAGUCAUUUUAUUAAAUUAAAAGCAAGUUGAUUAAAUGAAUAAAAAUUAUGUGAAAGAUUGUAAAGUUUGUGGAUCAACAAAGAAUGUUUACAAUCAUUAUUGUGUCCGUACAUGUAAAGCAUGUGGAGCUUUCUUUACUCGUUAUCUCGAACAAAAAGAGGGGAAAUAUGAAUGUGUUUGUCUGACAAAAACAACUGAAAUUAAAAGUAAAAUUGUUGUUGAUAAAAACACAAAUAAAGAAUUCCGGUUAGUUUGUAAAGGGUGUCGACUUGAAAAGUGUCUUGCUGUUGGAAUGAAAAAACCAAGUAAAAAAUUAAUUUAAAAUACUAAAUUGGUAAUUGUAAUUUAUCUGAGUCCAUCCAUGAAUAGUGUAAGGUUGAUUCACUUAGCAGCAAUUAAAACGCUUAGGCGGGGGUUAAACAAUCUAAAAAGAAA